CAGCGCAACGGCCUCAUGCUCCACACCGGCAAGUCGGCGGACUACGUCAACCUUUCCCUGAAGAGCGGCGCGGUCUGGCUGGUCAUCAACCUGGGCUCGGGGGCGUUCGAGGCCCUGGUGGAGCCCGUCAACGGCAAGUUCAACGACAACGCCUGGCAUGAUGUGCGCGUCACCCGCAACCUGCGCCAGGUGACCAUCUCAGUGGAUGGUAUAUUGACCACCACUGGUUACACCCAGGAGGAUUACACCAUGUUGGGUUCGGAUGACUUCUUCUACAUUGGAGGGAGCCCCAAUACGGCGGACCUGCCCGGAUCACCAGUCAGCAACAACUUUAUGGGCUGUCUUAAAGAUGUGGUGUACAAGAACAACGAUUUUAAGCUGGAGCUGUCUCGGCUGGCUAUCGAGCGCGACCCCAAGAUCACCCUGAAUGGUGACUUGGUGUUCCGCUGUGAGGACGUGGCAGCCCUGGACCCUGUCACCUUUGAGACCCCCGAGUCCUACAUCUCCCUGCCCAAGUGGAACACCAAGAAGACGGGCUCCAUCUCCUUUGACUUCCGCACUACGGAGCCCAGCGGACUCCUGCUGUUCAGCCACGGCCGUCCUCAGGGUCCCAAAGAGCAGAAGCCCGGUCGGGAGCUGAAGACCGAUUACUUUGCCAUGGAGCUGCUGGAGGGGUAUUUGUACCUGCUGAUCGAUAUGGGCUCUGGAAAAACAAAACUGAAGGCCAGCAACAAGAAGGUCAAUGACGGGGACUGGUGCCAUGUGGAUUUCCAGAGGGAAGGGAGGAAAGGAUCGAUCUCAGUCAACAGCCGCAGCAUGCCCUUCAGCUCCCCAGAGGGCAGUGAGAUCCUGGACCUGGACAGUGACAUGUACCUGGGCGGGCUGCCCGAGUCUAAGUCGGACCUCAUCCUGCCGCCGGAGGUUUGGACGGCGCUGCUAAACUACGGCUACGUGGGCUGCGUCCGCGACCUCUUCAUCGACGGCAAGAGCCGCGAUGUCCGCCGCCUGGCUGAGAUCCAGAGCGCCUUCGGCGUCAGCAGUUUCUGCACCCGUGAGCUGCAGAAGAGGUGCAGCAGCGCCCCCUGUGGCAACGCAGGUCUGUGCAAAGAGGGCUGGAACCGUUACAUCUGCGACUGCAUCGGCACCGGAUACAUGGGAGCCAACUGUGAGAUAGAGGCGACGGUGCUGAGUUAUGACGGCAGCAUGUACCUGAAGAUCAUCGUGCCGGUCACCAUGCACACGGAGGCCGAGGACGUGGCUCUGCGCUUCAUGUCCCAGCGGGCGUACGGCCUGCUCAUGGCCACCACCUCCAAGGAGUCGGCAGACACCCUGCGACUGGAGCUGGACGGAGGCCGCGUCAAGCUCACCGUGAACCUUGAUUGUAUCAGGAUAGACUGUAACCUCAGCAAAGGACCUGAGACGCUGUUCGCCGGGCAGAAGCUGAACGACAAUGAGUGGCACACGGUGAAGGUGGUGCGAAGAGGCAAGAGCCUGCAGCUGUCUGUGGAUAACGUCACAGUGGAAGGCCAGAUGACUGGUGCCCACACACGUCUCGAGUUCCACAACAUCGAGACGGGCAUCAUGACGGAGCGGCGCUUCAUAUCUGUGGUGCCCUCGAACUUCAUUGGCCAUCUCCAGGGCCUGACCUUCAAUGGGCUGCCCUAUCUAGACCAGUGCAAGAAUGGCGACAUCUCCUACUGCGAGCUGAACGCCCGCUUUGGCAUGCGCCACAUCAUUGCAGAUCCUGUGACGUUUCGAACGAAAGGCAGUUACUUAGCGUUGGCCACUUUGCAAGCUUACGCCUCCAUGCACCUCUUCUUUCAGUUUAAAACCACCACGCCUGACGGCCUGAUGCUCUUCAACUCUGGAGACGGGAGUGACUUCAUUGUCGUGGAACUGGUGAAAGGAUACGUCCACUACGUCUUUGAUCUUGGCAACGGGCCGUCGCUGAUGAAGGGCAACUCAGACAAGCCACUCAAUGACAACCAAUGGCACAAUGUGGUGGUGUCCCGGGACGCCAACAAUGUGCAUACCCUCAAGAUCGACUCGCGCACCGUUACGCAGCACUCCAAUGGAGCCCGCAACCUGGACCUCAAAGGGGAGCUGUACAUCGGUGGCGUGACGAAGAACAUGUACAGCAAUCUGCCCAAGCUGAUAGCAUCCCGGGACGGGUACCAGGGCUGCCUGGCCUCCGUGGACCUGAACGGGAGACUCCCUGACCUGAUCGCAGAUGCUCUCCACAGGGUGGGUCAGGUGGAACGAGGCUGCGAUGGACCCAGUACCACCUGUACGGAGGAGUCUUGCUACCAUCAGGGGGUGUGUCUCCAGCAGUGGGAGGGCUUCACCUGCGACUGCACCAUGACGUCCUAUGGAGGUUCAUUCUGCAACGAUCCUGGGACAACAUACAUCUUUGGGAGAGGCGGAGCCCUCAUCACAUACACCUGGCCACCCAAUGACCGGCCGAGCACACGGGCAGACCGGCUGGCAGUGGGCUUCAGCACGCAGCUGAAGGAGGCCAUUCUGGUCAGGGUGGAGAGUGCCAAGGGACUGGGAGAUUACCUGGAGCUGCACAUAGAACGGGGAAAGAUCGGCGUGAUCUUCAACGUGGGAACGGACGACAUCAUCAUCGAGGAGGGCGCAGUGAUGGUGAGCGACGGCAAAUACCACGUGGUGCGAUUCACGCGGAGUGGCGGCAACGCCACCCUACAGGUGGACAACCAGCCGGUUAUCGAACGUUUCCCCUCAGGGAACUUUGAUAAUGAGCGCCUGGCUAUUGCUAGACAAAGAAUCCCAUACCGACUUGGUCGGGUAGUUGACGAGUGGCUACUCGACAAAGGUCGUCAGUUGACCAUCUUCAACAGCCAGGCGUUCAUCAAAAUUGGUGGCGGUGGAGAGAAGGGACGCCACUUCCAGGGCCAGAUCUCAGGCCUGUACUACAACGGCCUGCAGGUGCUCAAACUGGCGGCCGAGGGCGACCCCAACGUCCAGACCCAGGGCAACCUGCGGCUGGUGGGUGACGUGCCCUCGGUGCUCACUACCGACACCACCUCCACCACCCCGCUGGCUGAUAUGUCCACCACAAUCAUGGAGACAACCACCACCAUGGCCACAACCACCACCCGCAAACAGCGCUCGCCCACCAUGAGGGACAGUGUCACACAGAAUGCGGAUGACCUCUUGGUAGCAUCAGCUGAGUGUCCAAGCGAUGACGAAGAUUUGGAGGAGUGUGAGCCUGGAAAUGGAGGUGAAUUAGUGUUGCCCAUAAUAACGGUGGACUCCCUAGACCCCCCAUCCAUCGCCACCCACUACCCAGUAAUCCCCUCACCCCCCACCACCUACCGCCCCUUCCUCACCCUGCUCGAAACCACCAAAGAGUCCCUCCCCUUGCCAAAUGGCAGGCCCCCCUGCCUCUUGGACCAGGAGGACUGCGAGGAGCCCAUCGAGGUGUCGGCGUACGGCUCGGGGGAGAUGACAGAGUCGGAUGAUGAGGACUAUUACAAAAAUUCCCCCCUGGUCACCGACAGGACUGUCCUCCCUCCUCCCCCAGCUCUCAGCCCGCACAUCAAGCCGGCCGGCGGCGGCAGCAGCAGUAGCAACAACAAAAUCCCCGCCGGCAAAAUGAACACCCGGGACCAGGUGCUGCUGCCACCGGCCCACCCGUCUUCAGACCCGGGCCACCGCAGAGUCCCAGGAAUAACCUACCCCCCAAAUUUCCCCCAUGUUCCCACUCCAGACCCCACGUCUCCUGACAGAGGGCUCCCGGGCGCCGUGGAGGUGCAGCAGUCCAGCAGCACCACAGGAAUGGUGGUCGGCAUCGUGGCGGCCGCCGCCCUCUGCAUCCUCAUCCUGCUCUACGCCAUGUACAAGUACCGCAACCGCGACGAGGGCUCCUACCAGGUGGACCAGAGCCGCAACUACAUCAGUAACUCGGCCACGCAGAGCAACGGAGCCCUGGUGAAGGAGAAACAGCCCAGCACUGCCAAGACGGUCACCAAGAACAAGAAGAACAAAGACAAAGAGUACUACGUCUGAGGGAGCGCCGCCGCGACACACAGAGACAGAUGGAUGCACUUAGAGAAGGAAAGAGACGAGAGAAAGAGGGAGCGAGAAAGGGCAGUAUAUGGAGACGUAGCAGAGGGUUACUCAUUCAAAAUUCUGUAUUGUCAGGUGGCCAUACAUGUCAAUUCCAAUCUAAUCAGAGGCAGAGGCAGCCAAAUAGGAAAGCAAGGUGACAUCAUGGUUCUGUUCACACCGUUCAGCAUUGCUUUGAUUGAUCUGACUUCUUAUUGUCAAAACCGUGGUGUGGAUUUAAGGCAAGGCUUAUUACACCUCAGAUCUCAACACAUACCGUGCCAACAACCGUGCACCAAAUGUUGAUAAAACAUAAAUGCGUCAGCACUUAACAGGUUAUUUAAUAUCGUGAGUACUGUAGGAAAGUGCCAGCGUCAGUAUUUGUGUCACGGUCCGUACUUCAUUCUGAGGCGAGCUCGUGGUGGAAGCCUCCGCCUUUAGAAAUACAUCCACAUAUUAUGUGUCCACCUGUUUGAAUUUGGCGACUUGACAUCCCUCUGUCAAAUCAAUGUACUGCCAGCUCACAGAGACAUUGU